GGCCAAGUACAGAACCGGCCAAGUAAACGGGUCGAGCUUAGGCCACACAGUUGCAGGUGUUUGGGCUGCAGGUCCCGCUGUGAGCAGAAAAAUGAACAUUUCUGGUCAAAGCUGCAGCAGCACCCCUGCAUCCAACGAAGCAAUGGAAGUCAGCGACCUCUUUGGAAGUUUAUUGAGUCAGCUAGCAGAGUGCCACCAAAAUGCACUUCGAGAACUGUGGACAAAAGUAGGCAAGCUUAAGAAAGAGCGCUGUUUAGAUGCGCAGAGACUAGAGGAGUUUUACAGCCGUAAUCAGCAGCUGAAGGAGCAACACAAAACCCUGCAGGACACCAUCAGCCUGUUGGAGGAAAGGCUGCGGGCUGGCAUUUGUGAUCAAUGUGCCAUCUUAGAGGAGUGCGUGAGAAACAAAGAGCAAGAGAUUGAAAAGGCUCUGCACCUAAUCGCCGGGCUCAAAAGCGAGAAGAUCAGCCUUCAGGAUGAAAAUGGAAAGCUGAAUGAGCAACUGGAAAAACUGCAAGCAUCUCUCGCUGAGUCUCAGCACACCUUUUCCCCAGAACAAGAAGAGGGUGUGAUCCCAGACUCACCGCUCCUGCAAAACUCACUGCCGCUGGCAAACAAACUGAAGAGACGCAAAAAGAAUGGCCAAGGCAAACAAGCUCGCCAUGCAGAGACGCCUUUGCUUCAGUCUCCCAGCUCGUUCUUUAACGAACCAAACAAAGAGCCUCUAAAACUUUCAAAGAGCCAUGGAGAAGCAGUCGUACUCGUGCCCAACACAUGUGAGCUGGAUGCAUCCCCGACCUCACCUGUCAAUCAUAAUCUGGAAGUGGAACUGGUUGCAGAAACUUGUGCUCUAGACCUUCCUGAUAGGCUGGGGAGUGACUCUGACUACAGUAAAAAGCCGACAGCAGGCCCUCAAAGCAGCUCAGCACGUCCAGUAAAGAACAAGAUUAGUUUAAGGCCUCACUACUCAGCGUCCCCAUCCUCCUCGAUCCACUGUCCAGAACAAACUGCGAAAAGGUCACUGUCUCUCCUGCCCAGCUUCAAGCAGAAUUCAGUUGCAGGCUCCUUACAUCAAGCCAAGCGGAAGAAGGUGGAAGCUAUCCAUGAGGAAGAGGAGAAGGAGGAAUCAUCAUGUGUGGUAUGGGCAGAAAUGGAGAGACAAAAAGAGGACCAACGGUCUCCUGAGUUGAAUAACCGUACCCUCCCUACGCCAGGCCAUCUUAUAUCUAAGAAGAAGCCACCCCACCACAAGGUGUGGUCAGCACAAAACGGAGAUCCCAGCCAACACCCAAAUGGUCCCCUUUUAAUUUCUACUACCAAGAAGAAAAACAGGGAUAAUAAAGAAGAGGAUGAAAUGGACAGACAUGAUGCUGAGGUUGGGUACAAGGCAGCGCCCAUGUGGAGUGUGGACCCAGCAGCAGCCCUCUCUUUGUAUGAUACACAGUCCUGCACUUCUGAUGAGGAGAGAGCACAAAGUGAGGAGCAUAUGGAUACCGACUGCACCUUCGUCAGUCACACUUUACUCCAACGUCAGGCAGCAAAGAGUCGAAACGAGGAAAACAGCAUGUCAGGACUGGGUCAGAAGGCCACUGACAGUUUGGAUAAGAUGUUCGACACCACAGCCUAUGGGGAGUACAUGUCUUGCACCAGCACACAAUUAAACCAAAGCAAGCCCUGUGGUGGCCAUGAUGAUGAUGAUGAUGAUGAUGAUGAUGAUGGUGAUGACGAUGAGAAAAAAGAUGACGAGCCCUGCCCUCCUGAGAUCAGUGAAAUUCACAGUGAAGAAAAGAAAGCAGGAGCCCCGACGUUUGCACACGUGGCGGUCAUUCGGAAGAAAGAGGAGAGGAGAAAGCUCAAGGGCAGCACAUGCAAGGAGUGUGACGUUUAUUACAGCCAUCUUCCAGCGGAGGAAAGACAAAAAAAGUUAUCUGCGUGUUCGAGGCACCGGUUUCUGUAUGUUCCUCCAUCUACUCCUGAGAACUUUUGGGAAGUUGGAUUCCCGUCUACUCAAACCUGCAUUGAGAGAGGUUAUAUCAAGGAGGAGAAAAAUCCACAGGCGCGUUUACGGAGAAGGCACCCUUUCAACGCUCUGUUCUCCCAGAAGCAUUAAGAACAGCAGAUCUGGAGGGGACUGGUUCCACGUAAGAGGAGUUCUCCUGGAAUUGACGUAGUCCCUGGAUGGAGGUGUUGUGUAUUACAGCUUCUGGCUCUACAGUACAGUAAACCUCCGCUUAGAUUUGAGCACAGUAAAAAUGAGCAAUUGUGGCAUUCUUUAUAUUACUAAUAUUUAUUCCUUUCCUGGGUAUAUUAACAAAAAUCUGACUGAUUGGUUUGUUUUGCACUUUAGAACACCCCUGUUAAUUUGUGUUGCCAUUUCAGUUGAUUUGGUGCUUACUAUAUAUCUCGACAAAUAAAUGUGUUGAAAGUAAUAACCUAGGUGUGUGACCGUGUUCUUCUGGCCAAGCCCGCCAUCAUGUAAC